AUGUGGGUGGCGAGCGAAGUGCGGGUGGUCGUGAGGAUCUUCGCAAUCUACGACAUGACCCCCACAGACGAGCAGCUCGACCCGUACAUCACGCUCCACCUGAGCUGCCCGGGCGGCGAAGACGUGGUGAAGAGGUGCGACGAGCUGAGCCCCGUUGCCCCGGGCAGCGAUUUCAUGAGCGUCUAUUGGGAGACGGAGAUCUUGACAACGCUGCCCGGCAGCGGAAACCUCGCCAUCAAGCUCUGGCGAAAGGCGUCCGCCGUCUCGGGCUUCCUGGGAGGCAAGGACACGGAGCUGGGCAGCCUCGUCCUGGACCUGGAGGACAGGCAGCUCGCGCUGGCACAGAGGGAGUUCCGCAUCGGCACGAACCAGCACAGGCUCAACGGGCUGGUGUCCCCGCCCGAGAUCAUCUCGGUCGUCCGGCCUUCCCCGGCCGACCUGGCCGGCGAGCAUGGAGAGAAGGUCUUCAAGGCAGAGCUCAUGCGCAAGGAGAAGGCCAAGGGCCUGCAGAUGAACAUCAAGCCCAGGAGGUCGCCCAACCCAGCGGCUCCGAUCGAGUAUCGGGACCUGAUGGUGGUGCAGGUACCAGGCUGCCCGGAGCAGAAGAUGGGAACCCUGAAAUUCUGCACCGAGAUCAUGGAUCCAAAGGAACUCUACCAGCCGUUGAAGUUGACUCGGGCACUCAAGAGGGUCCACAUAAAAAUUUCAGUCAAGGAGGUCAACAACAUCGAUGUCUUCAGAGACAAUGGACUUCGCAAUGACGUGAGAAUCAAAGGCAACCUUGUAGCACGCAACUGGUUCGGCUAUCAACUGCCACCACAGUCUCGUGCGACAGACACCCAUAAAUGGGCGCACCGACGUGCAACCUUCGACUUUGUGUGGCACUUUGUUGUUGACUACCCCGUCGGGGCUGCAUCACUAAAAGUCAGCAUGGUAGACGUGAGCACUUUUAGGGGCGAGAGGCAGAUCUACAGGCCAGAGGUGUUUCCCAUGGACGCUCUCCUAUCGGCUUUCUCCGCGGGGCCUGAUAAUGUUUCUUUCGGCGAGAAUCUCGUGUUCACUGCGUGGCCUGAUGAUUAUUCCGAGCAUGCCAAGUACAUCAAUGGAAUGGGGUGUUUCCGUCUGGCAUGCUACAGGUUAGGGAAAUGCCUCAGCUGCUGCAUACCCGGCUGCUGUAGGCGCAACGCUAACGUGCCACGACCUAAGCCUGCGAAGUUGAGUUUGAUGAUUUCCAUGGCAAAGGUGGCAGAUGACUAUGUCCUCCAAAGCGAAGUGGAGAAGCCCCCUGAAGAACCCGAGGGCAGAGUUAAUUGGACGACAGGGUUCAGAAGCCCCGGCACUCUGGCCAAGGCCGUCAUCGGCAAUGCGAAUAUAGAUUCGUGCCAGUACCUCAUGGGCACUCUGUGCUGCAUAAUCUGCGUUCUCAUUCUUAUAGUCGUGCUUUACUUCGUGUUCACGCUCAUCAGCCAGUACGAGUCAAACUAG